AUGAAGACUUUCAGUGAACUUGCAGAGUGUUUAGCACGGAUUCCACCUAAAAUAACUUUGUAUGGACUUCUUUUUAAAUACAAUUACGAGGGAUGUCUUCUGCUUUUAAUGUUUAGUAGCGAUUUGCUGUUUGCAAUCAAAAGGGACGCGUAUAUCUUCAAGGAAACAGGAUGAUUUUGUAGGUUUCCGAAGUAUCAGAAGCUCGACAAGUGGGCGAUGGCUGGAGAAAAGCGGCAAACAUGUUGGCCCAAACUUCAAAUUGAAACCGAGUUCGAAAGCCAGCUCACUGCAAUUAGGUAAAACAGAAAUAUAAACAAUGAAAAUCUUGGUGGCAAGAAAAAAAGAAAUAAGCGAUGGAUAUAUGGCCUACUUGUUAACGCAAGAGACGUGUGCCAUUGAACAAAACAAUUCAAAUCGAGAUGGAAAAAAGGAAGACAGGAAAGAAGCGGUGACUGAGGUUUGGAUGAAGUUAUGUUUGGUGUUUAUUUGCCAGGACGUUAUUCUCUGGUCUUUAUCGAUGAAGGACAUCAAUUAGAACUAUCUUUUUGGUAUAAAUGCUGGAGCGAUCGAGUGGAGUACGCUCAAAAUUUCAACUUGUUACUCGGCAGACUCGGUAAGCCGGCCACAUUUCAUUUCAGCGAGUAAUUUUCCUAUUUCUUAUCUUUAGCUGUUAAGAGUUUUAACUUCAUGUUCCAUAAUAUUUUAAAAGUGAAGAAUACAUAAAUAAAUAAAAUGAUGGUCUUCUUAAACGGAUCCAGACUCGCAUUUAAUUAUUCGAAACAGAAGCUUGCCGUGUUCAGUCCUGAUACAAAUAUUGCCUUAAAAGUUUAACCUAGUAAAAUGUGAGCUUUAUACCACUUUUUUACCAAGAGCUCUCCGAGAUAAUGCCGUAAAGGAGACCAGGCAAAUAGCAAGCCAUAAGAUUCACACACUAGAGCGUCUAGUUUUGAUAAAAUUAUUUUAUUUCGCAAUGACAAAGAAAUCAAAAGAUUUUAAAUUUGCACUGAAUUUGCUAAGCUCUGCCAACGUACCUCUAACAAUUCACUCCAAAGCGAUGGAAUUAUAAUAUCAUCCAAAGGAAGUUGUAAAUACAGACAUACAUAGAUUAUGUGUAAAAUGACACUGACAUGAAUGAAUGAGUCUCGUGAAUGAAUCUUUCACCCGCUCUCGACUUGACCUGUUUUGAGUAAUGGCGGAGGUCUCUUCCGUUGACAAGUAGGGCCAUAUAUCCGUCGCUUAUUUCUUUUUUUCUUGCCACCAAUAUCUGUUUUUACUUCUGUUUUACAAAAUUGCAGUAAGCUGACUUUCGUAUUCGGUUCCAGCAUGAAGUUUGGGCCAACAUGUUUGCCGCUUUUCUCCAGCCAUCACCCACUUGUCGAGCUUCUGAGGCUUCGGCAACCUACAAAUCAUCCUGUUCCCUUGAAGAUAUACGCGUCCCUUUUGAUUGCAAACAGCAAAUCAGUACUAAACAUUAAAAGCAGAAGACGUUCCACGUCAUUAUAUCUAAAAAGACGUCCAUACAAAGUUAUUUAGGUGGGAUCCGUGCUUAACACUCUGCAAGUUCACUGAAAGUCUUCAUUUGCAAUUUUUGUUUACCCUCCAACGCCUCGCUUUCAUGACUAGGCACCAGUUUUUUCCAGCGUGUCCGCCAUUUGUGAAUACGGUGUAUACGCGUGUAAAAAUACAAAUCAUCGCUAGAAAGUGAAAACGUGAUGAACCCGGCGCGUCAUUUCAAUCAUCGCCAAAAAUAAACCGCAUGCUCAUCACAAGACUCGUUUUCAUACCAUGAAAGUUUACAACGCCCGACUAGCCGUUAUAGCCUCACUACCGAAGUUUUCAUUGAAGCAUUCACUUGUUCAAAAGCAAUCAACGAUUUCAAGCAAUAGAAUUCGUGGACCGUUCGGUUCCGGGAAAGCUCGACAUCUCUGCAUCAAUCUUUCCUAAGCUUUCUUCACAAAAUAGAGCAUGGCGCUGUGACAGGUAGCAAUUCCCAUCCUCAGUUUCCAUGAUCUCUCCUAGUAGCGCCAGGGACCAUGAUUCCCUUUUGGCGAGCACACAACCGAGACUAACUACCUACUGUGCUGGUCUAUGUUUUAAAAGCUUAGCUAGUAAUUUUUUUUUACGGGGAACAAGUUCCUUCUCUUAUGUCAAGAGACUCGUCGUUUGUUAUAGUUACUAAAAAAACGUGCGUUUGUUUCGCUUGAGUCCAGCAAACACGUAGGAUUGGUCUCAUACUUAAUAGUCUGCAUUUCCUCUAAACCAUUGCUUAACUCUCUUCUGUCUGACUUUCUGUUUACGAUUCACCGCAAACCAGCUGCCAUUUCUACUUUGAUAUCGCUCCAAUAGUUUCGAAUAACUCACUUCCAUUUAAUAUUUUCAUCCUAAAAUCGGCAGGAAAAGAAAUAAGAAUAUUCAGCCUGUGUGUUUUAAACUGAAGAAACUGACGCUAUAUGAUACGACUUACAUCUUAUUAGCUGCCUUAAAGUUAAUAAAGGAUGCUAUAGUGUAAGUUGAUUUUUUUGUAGUCGAUUGCAGUUUAAGGCAUAUAUUACUUUUUAACACGUGGUUGCUCAUCGGAUUGCCACGUCAUGUACAAACGGGUGUUCUGAAUAUUUGCAAUUGAUACUAUAUUAAGGAGCGGAUGAUUUAUUAAGUAGCUAGGGUACUGUAUCUUUAGGCCGCCUCAUACUCUUUAAGUCACUCGUGAACAUGUAGUUUAUCAAAAAAUGUGUUCAUGGGUCCAGCAAAUACUGUUGGAUUGGUUUGCGACGUAAAAAUUCCCUUUUCCUCUUAAGUUACCUGUCAGCUCGUUCUGUCUGAUUGUAUAUUUGCCAUUCAUAAUUGAAAACCAACUGCCUUAGUUUAUUUAAAAUUGCGUCAGUAGUUUCAUAUAACUUCCUUCCUUUUUAACUGACGAACUUCAACAUUUAUACGACCUAUAGCGUUUCGCUUGAAAGAAAAUUAAUACUAAUUACUGUGUGAUGAUGACGUUACAUUUAAAGUUUUAAUUCCGGGUUCAGACAUGCAAAGUUUCAAUUUCAAACAAGGUGAGAGUUUGGAUAUUGUGAGCACGACUUAGGGACUUUUUUUACUACUGUCGCGGAAGACUCAACAGUACUCAGUUAAAAACCAAUUGCCAUCGGAGGAAGAAGACUGGAGAAAAUUCAGUAAGUCUCGCAAAGAGUAAUUUCCCGCUUCAGUUCUACACAGCUGCUGAAACUUAAGACUGUAUAUAACGCUCCAUUCAAUGGUUACUGAAGGUCAGUCUCAUUCAAAAACGGAUGAAGCCUAGAAAGCAAUGAAAUUCUUUGCAUAUUAUAGAAACUGAACACUGAUUAGGGUUAUGUAAAAAAAAAAAGAUGGCAAGUGCUGAAGGCUUGCAUUUGACACUUGUUUUCUUCAACGCUUUCUUGUCUUUCACCACCAUCGUGUUAAACAUCAUAACAAUGCAAGCGCUCAGAAAAACGUCGUCGUUGCCAAAGACUUUAAAAACAUUGCUACUAAGCCUGGCUGUGUCUGAUCUGGGUGUAGGCUUACUUGUCCAACCACUGUAUGUUGCAUUUCUUGUGAUGGAGAUAAAACAAAACACAAACAGUACUGCUUAUUAUACAGUUAUAGAAGCGCGUAGAUUCCAGGGAAAAACAUUGGUCUUUGCUUCGCAUUUUGGUGUUUUUGCAAUAGCUGUGGACAGAUUCUUGGCUAUUCAGCUUCAUCUCAGAUAUCAGGAGCUUGUGACACACAAACGUGUUGUUGCUGUUGUGAUCUCAUUCUGGGUGUUUAGUGCAUCAAUUUGCGUCCUAAGUCAGUUGUAUGAUAAUAAUAUUUUGCGAGCGGUCAUUGUAGCUGUUUGUGUCGUAACUACAGGAUUGCUUUAUUGCAAGAUAUACGCAGCCGUGAGACACCACACAAAUCAGAUUCACGCUCUGCAAGUGCAACAGGCGACACAGAAUGAAGAUAUGGCAAAUGCCGCAAGGCUGAAAAAAUCUUCACUGGCUACAUUCUACGUUUAUUUCGUGUACUUAGUUUGCUAUUUGCCACUAUAUUGUGUUAUCUUUGCCAUGACCAAUAGUAAAACUCCCUUGUUAUCUCAUUUAUAUCAUAUCACAUUGACUCUUGUGUUUCUCAAUUCAUCCCUCAAUCCCUUAAUCUACUGCUGGAAGAUGAGACACAUUCGACAAACUGUUAUGGAUAUACUUCGAAAUAUUUUCGCGAUUUUUGCCCACUAA